GUAAUUACAAUUGUUAUAGCUACAUUAUACCAUAACCUUCACACAUUACCAGUCAUUACAAUAAUAAUGUAAAUAUGUACAUAAGUGCGACUGAACACAUGACACGAAAUAGAAUUGUGUAUUAAAGAUAACAAAAAGUAAUAAAUUAGAAGUUGUUAAUGAUAAAAGGUGCUUAGUAAAACACAAAUAAGUUUUGUAAGAAUUCUAAAAUUAUUGAUAUCGAUAGUUCAAACAAACAAAAAAACGACCCUUUGACUUAUUUAUCAAUGAGAUGAAUUGUAAGAGGGUAGUUAGUCAAAUUUUAGUAACGGGCUGGUUCACUCGUUAAUUUCUGUUUGAAAAUGAGUAAACCGAUUUGUAUAGUGCUGCUGAGUUUCUUUAUAUUAUUUAAUUUUCCAGCGUCAAUUCAAGGCUACAGACAUUUUAUAGACUUGGAAACCGACGGUGUCGAGACAAUAUUUGCGACUGAAAAUGAAAAUGUUAACAUAGAAUGCAAGACGGAUGUGCCGAUGGCGUAUUGUGGAUUCGUGCACCCAUCUGGGAAACGAUACUCAUUUUCAGGAACAACGCUAAGCGCCGGUCACUGCUUCAAAAACAUCACAGUGACACCAGAAGACGACGGAGAAUGGCGCUGUCACAGCGGCGGUCACGAAACCGGCGUCGAAAUAAUAAAAACAAUCGAAUUAAGGGUCGUCAACGAAGUGACCGCUUUAUGGAAAAACGUUACGGUUCUUCACGCGAAAUCUGUCUCGUUGGUUUGUCUAACUACAAAACGACUGACGCCGCUCAGCUACUGUCGCUUCGAACCUCCCAAGGGGAGACCGUUCAACAUAGCCGAAGACGUGACGCCCGAUAACGCCAUCUUAGGUAGAUUCUACUUUCCAACGAACAUGAGUUUGGAUCGCGGAGACUGUGCCGUAACUAUAAACAAUGUGAAAUACGACGAUUACGGCACGUGGACGUGCGGUGCAGGACUCGACGAUGGAAACGAACACACUGAUACUAUAAAUGUAAAAGUAAAAGGAAUUUACACCAUGUCGUUCGCAGCCGCAGCUGGUAUCACGAUAGUGUGCAUAGUGAUAAUCGCAUUAAUCGGAUUUCUCGCCUGGAAGAGACGCGAGUUUUUGGGCAGCACGCCGAGACCGACGCCCGAGCCGGCCCACGAGUUGGAACCCCUACAGGGCCACUCGGCGAGGAGAGGCGAUGUUGAUGUUCCCGAAGUCAGAGUCGUACCUCCGUCUGAAGCAAGUUCUUCACAGUCAACGUAGUAGUUUCUCGAAUAUGUAGCCGUGCAUCGAGAUAAUGCAAUAAAAAAAGAUCAAGGCGGAAUAUGAAUUCUCCCACACCUACUAUAAGGAUUAUCAAAGAGUACACAUAACUAAAUAAAAAAAAAAAAAACAAAAAGUAAAAACUAGUCAUUAUCGUAUUGUCACGAAAACCUAAUAUAGUUUCGUAACGCUUCACGACGUCUUAGAUUUUUGAAACCAUAUAGAAAAUGUCGGCGAUAGAUUCUGAUGCAGGUGUGCGGAAGAGUAAAACAAUUUUAGUUAUAGUUUACUGUUAAGAUCGUUCAUAAGUGUUAAUCUGAAUUUAAAUCCAAUAGGUUAUGAAAAUGCGAUAUUAUUAAUUAGAUUGAACAAUGUUUUGCAUGUAUGUACUUUAAAUAAAUUAUACAUUAUUGAAAUAAAUAAAAAUGGUACUUAUUAA